GUGAUAUUAUGGAUCCGAAGGCGUUCGCCAAGCUGACCAAGAAGCUGGCCAAGGAGCCAAGGAAGAAGAAGGAGGAGGGGUCCUCGGCGAACCAGCCUCUUGUUGAUGAGGUGCUAAAGCAGGCAGGGGCCCCCAAGGUCCCGGAGGGUGGGGACCUCUCCCAAAAACCCGUCGCUGAUUCCGGUGCUGGUGCCGGAGGCUCCCAAGACGGGGAGCUAAAGAGAAAAAAUGCCGGGAAAGGUGUCUUGCCCCCGGAGAAGAAGAAGAGGAGUGGGGGGGGCAAGGAUGCCCCCUUAGUGAUUAUCGAUGAACCUUCUUCGGGCAAGCCCUCGGAUUCCCUCCCCCAAGUGGAUCUUGACGAGGGGGCUUGGCCGCUGGAAAAGGUGCAGUUCCCAAUCAAGAAGGGGACAGCCAUUAUGCAUGGCACCCUUGACCCGAGGGAGUUCCUGAGGGGCGCCACUCCCUCGCUGGAUCGAUCAACCCUCGGCAAGUUCGAGGACGAGUCUCUCGAGCUCAAGGCCCUUCAAGCCUCGGUCACGUCGAGCAUUGCCCUCGGGGAGCUAGUCAGGAGGGCGGAACAGCGCCGUGUUGAAAGGGUGAGGUCUGAGGAGGCCAUGCGGAAGCUGAUUGCUAACAACACCGAGGCCAUCAGGCAACUGGCCGGUUUGGAGGAGGCCCUUCGGCAAUCUGAGCAGAGGCUAGAGGCUGCCAAAAAUGAGGCUAGGGCCGAGGGCAUUGCUAAUGGGAAGGCCGAAGCAGAGAAAGCUGCCGCCGAGGCCGCCCAGGCAGCCGCCGAGGAAGCUGAUAAGGCCAAAGCUGAUGCCGUCGCCAAAGCCAGCGAGGAUGCCGUUGCUUCUUUUGUUGCCGAUGGCUGGAAGGCCGAAGAGUACCAGCAGUGGGUGGCCUCGGUGGUUGAGGCUAAAGCGGAUGCCUGGGUGAAGGGCCCCGGGGCAAUGUGGCUUGCCCUGAAGGGGAAAAGUUUUUACGAGGGCGCCCAAUAUUUUACUCAGGCUAUGCUGUACCGGAGGCUGGCCCGGCACCACGGCGUAGAUCCGAAGGAGUUUCAGCCUGAAGCUUAUGGCCUCCCCCCCCCUUCUGCCGGACGUGAGGGUUCCUUUGCCCGAAGGUGAAGAAAGGGUGCUGCUCGAGGACUCGGAGCUGGCCCGAUGCGAUUCAGAUGACGACGGCGCCGAAGAAGAUACCUCCUCGAAGCCGAAAGAGGACGGAGCUGAGAAUGCUCAAGUUUAAAACUUGUUUAAGCACAACUUGUAAUAGUUAAAUAGGCUUCCGGCCCCGGCCUUAUGUUGUAAACAGAUAUCUCUUAUACUUCACUUAUUUAGUUUUGAAUGAAUGAUGUGCCUCCGGGCUUUUUGUAUGAAUGAAUGCCUCAUUUUUCUCCAAGUUUUGUUUGCCUUCGUUCCUUCUCCUUGUGAAUGUAUGC